AUGCCUUACAUCAAAGCCCAUUACCACCCUUUCCUUUUCAUCCUCAUCACUAUGUGUGCUAUGGCUGAGCUGGGUCUCACUGCAUACCUUAUCAGCGUUGGAAAUGAGAGUCGUAAUUGGCCAAGCGCUCGUUAUCAUUCACUCUUGAUACUCUUCGAAUUCAACGCCGUGUGGACCACGUUAUUCGGGGCAGCUUAUAUGCUGUGGAUUGUUGAUGGUGCUGUGCACUUUCUUGCCAGCAUAGCAAGUUCCAUCAUCUGGCUUGCUAUCACUUCGGCACUUUGGGGCGCUGCAGCUGGCAUGAUGCAUAACACGCGGACUGGGGGCAACUGUAAUUGGAUACUCAAUAGCUCCCCGUCUGUUAACGGGGUCUUGCCAUGCGAUCCGCCACAGGAGCUGAGUGUGUCCAGCUGUCGAGAAACGCUAACAGUCGAAGCAGUCGGCUGGGUACUAUUUGUACUCUGCGUCCUCACACUCUUUGCGACAUGCAUGUGGGUACGAACGAGCAAGCGAGGAUAUGUGAGUGCAGAGUAUAAGCCGGGGAUGUGA